AUGACGACAGCCAUUGGACGACGUCGGAGCACUUCACGGACACCACCUCCCAACAACUACCCAAGCCAAAGAUAUAAGAAGGACGACUCCAGCAGCUCAGUAUCAACACACCAAUCUCACCAACUUUCUCACAUAUCAAGGAUCAAGAUGGCAUCCCAACUUCCCUCCACCAUGAAAGCCAUCACAAUCAACGAGAACAAGGCCAAAGUCUCAGAGAUCCCGAUCCCCAAAAUCCGAGCAACUUACUUGCUCGCCAAAGUCGACUCGGUAGCUCUUAACCCCACAGACUGGAAGCACAUCAACGGCAAGCGAGCAGCUGCCCACGGACUCGCCGGAUGUGACUUCUCAGGCACCGUCGUCGAGGUCGGUCCAGAGGUCACAAAGUCGUUCAAGCCAGGUGAUAGAGUUGCUGGAACUACCCACGGUGCCAACUUCUCCCAGCCAGAAGAUGGUUGCUUCUCCGAGUAUGUUGUGGCCAAGGCAGACUUGCUUGUCAAGAUCCCAGAGAGCCUAUCUUCCGAACAGGCAGCUACGUUCCCACUGGGUGUCUCGACCGUUGGUCAAGGUCUCUUUCAGAAGGGCUUGAAGCUCAAUCUGCCGGACAACCCAACCAAGAGUGGCGAGACAGUUCUCAUCUAUGGCGGCUCCUCCGCAACAGGUUCCCUCGCAAUCCAAUACGCCACCCUUGCCGGCUACAAAGUCAUCACAACCUGCAGCCCCAAGAACAACACCUUCGUCAAAUCCCUCGGCGCCACCGCCGCCUACGACUACAAAGACCCGCAAUGCGGCGCUACCAUCAACCGCGACACCAACAACUCUCUCCGCUUGAUCUGGGACACAAUCUCCCUCCCAGCCUCCGCAGCAAUCUGCGAAGCUGCCCUAUCCACUGAUGCCAAGGAUCCCAAGUACUGGACCAUCUUGCCAGUCAAGCUGCCGAACAGGAACGAUGUGGAUAGUGGCUUCACGUUCAUGUACACGAUCUUUGGGGAUGCGUUCGAGAAAGCUGGACGAGAGACGCCGGCGAGUCAGGAGGACUUUGAGUUUGCGAGGAAGUUCUUUGGGAUCACGGAGGGAUUGCUUAAGGAUGGAAAGUUGAAGACGCAUCCGGAAAAGGUUGGGGAGAAGGGUUUGGAGGGUGUGUUACAGGGCCUGAAGGAUUUGAAAGAGGAUAAAGUCAGUGGAAAUAAGCUGGUCUAUCGUGUGAAGGAGACGCCAGGAGAUUCGAAGGCGGAGGUUGAGUUGUAA